AUGGGAUAUGCUUACUACAAAAACCGUCGUUCACCAUUAGCAUUAGCUGUCUUACUGAUCGCGUUAUCAUUGAUGAGUGACCAUCAUAUCCAUGUGGUGGCUCGUCAUCUCAUGGAAGCAAGUUUGUCUGAUGAUCUCCCUGAGGUUCCUGACCCCGAGACACCUGAUGAUCCUGAUGACCCUGUAGACGAGAACCCUGUCCCUGCAGCUCCUUACAAUCCCUUGUUGCCUCAGCCUAAUCUGCCAGAAGUUCCUGGGGAUUUACCUGAAGUACCGCCUUCUCCAGAGUUGCCACUCCCUAAAUUUCCGACUACCUCAACUCAAGCAGUGGCCACUAGACCAUAG